AUGUUCUUAUUAGAUAGUGAACAUCAAGCAGGCAAAAGUGUUGAAAGUGAUAAAAGCAAUCAAGAAGAGCCAGUAAAAAUUUGUUCAGCCGGUAAAGAAUGCGGUGCUGAUUUUGCUGAUAAUGACUCUACUUGA